GCCGAGCUCUGUGUAGUUUGUGCGCUCCACUCCCGCUGGCUGCUAUGACCUAGCUACCGGACGACACUUUCGGUUUUUUACAUUGACCCUUCCGUCAAACAGCAGCCACACACUCAACAUUACCGUCGUUUAUGGUUGCAUUACUGCCACUUUUUAAUCGUAGCUGCUGGCCUCCGGGGCUAGCUGGCUAACAGAGAGAGAGAGAGAGAGAGAGCGAGAGAGAGAGAGAGAGGGUGACGGAGUGGAGCCAGCUGGUCGGACGGAGAAACGGCAGGCGUUAGCAAACAAGCUAAUUAGCGAGAAAGACUCAGCCUGGAUUAUUACUGACUUUAAUCAAAAGAGAGCACAGGUCUGUUGCUUCACCCACUGCGGCGAAAAUGAAGAUAACAGUGGAUUUCGAGGAGUGUUUGAAGGACUCUCCGAGGUUCAGAGCCACCAUAGAGGAAGUGGAGGGGGAUGUGUGCGAGUUGGAAUCCAAGCUUGACAAAUUGGUGAAAUUGUGUAUUGGGAUGAUUGAUGCUGGAAAAGCCUACAACGCAGCCAACAAGCAGUUUGUUAAUGGGAUCCGGGAGCUUGCACAGCAGUCUGCCAAAGAUGAGGUCAUUGAGUCCAGUCUCACAAAGUUUGCAGAGAGUCUGCAGGAGAUGAUCAACUAUCACACGAUAUUGUUUGAUCAGGCCCAGAGAUCAAUCAAGACGCAGCUUCAAACCUUUGUCAAAGAUGACCUGCGUAAGUUCAAAGAAGCCAAGAAGCAAUUUGACAAAGUGAGCGAGGAAAAGGAGGCAGCACUGAUCAAGAAUGCUCAGGCUCCCCGUAACAAGCAGCACGAGGUGGAGGAGGCCACCAACAUCCUCACUGCCACACGCAAGUGCUUCCGGCACAUUGUCCUCGACUAUGUCUUACAGAUAAACGUGCUACAGUCUAAGAGAAGAUCGGAAAUCCUGAAAUCAAUGCUGUCCUUCAUGUACGCCCACCUGACAUUCUUCCACCAAGGUUAUGACCUCUUCAGUGAACUGCAGCCUCUUAUGAAACAGCUGGGAGGGCAGUUGGACCAGCUGGUGGUGGAUGCUGCCAAAGAGAAGAGGGACAUGGAGCAGAAGCACUCCACCAUCCAACAAAAGGCUGCACUGCAGGAGGUGACAGAGCUCGACUUGUUACCAGACUACCGCACCUUUUGCGCUUGGAGGUCGACCUCUGAUUUCUCAAAUGACGACACAAAGCUGGAGUACAAUGUGGAUACAGACAACGGCAUCGCCAUGGAGGGUUAUCUGUUUAAGAGAGCCAGCAAUGCCUUCAAAACAUGGAAUAGGCGUUGGUUCACCAUCCAAAACAAUCAGCUAGUUUACCAGAAGAAAUUUAAGGACAACCCUACAGUGGUGGUAGAAGACCUGAGGCUAUGUACAGUCAAGCACUGCGAGGACAUAGAGCGUCGCUUCUGUUUUGAAGUCGUGUCACCCACCAAGAGCUGUAUGAUGCAGGCAGACUCAGAGAAGCUGCGACAGGCUUGGAUCAAAGCUGUUCAGAACAGCAUUGCCACCGCCUUCCGCGACAAGGGAGAUGACAGUGAGAAGUUGGAUAGGAAGUCAUCCACAUCAACUGGGAGUCUGGACUCUGGUGGGGAGCCAAAGGAAAGAUCACUGAAAGGAGAGAGUGCCCUGCAGAAAGUUCUGACCAUCCCAGGAAAUGCUUGCUGCUGUGACUGUGGGCAGCCAGAUCCCCGCUGGGCCAGCAUCAAUCUGGGCAUCACCCUCUGUAUACAGUGUUCUGGCAUCCACAGGAGUCUGGGAGUGCAUCUCUCCAAGGUUCGGUCUUUGACUUUGGAUACUUGGGAGCCAGAGCUGCUUAAGUUGAUGUGUGAACUGGGCAACAAAGUAAUUAACCAGAUCUAUGAAGCUCGGCGAGAAGAGCUCGGAGCAAGAAAACCACAGCCAGGAGAUCCAAGACACGAGGUAGAGGCCUACAUCAAAGCCAAGUAUGUGGAUCGUCGAUUUGUCCGCCGGCCAUCAGACGAGGAGCUUCGCAACAAAGUGGUCUCACUGAGCAAGCAAGAGAAGAGGCUGAGCAGCAACUCGGACCAUAUGCCACCAAAACCGCCUCCACCCACGCCAAAACUUCGACCUGGUUCUAAUGUUUCAGGGCAGUCAGCUGCUGCCAGUGGAGCGGAGGCCCGCCGGGACUCUCUCUUCUGUCCUGACGAGCUUGACUCGCUCUUCUCCUACUUUGACACCUCCUCCAAGCUCAGGAGCAUAAAAAGCGCAGACAGCGGCAUCCAGAACAGUGCUGAUGGGAGCAGGGAGAUGCUGGCCACCACCCCCUCCAAUAACAGCCUGGCAGAUGCAGAUGCUGCUGAGUCUCCACCCAUGCCCAUGCCUGCCACACUGCCUCCUCCAUCACCCUGUAAGGAAAUGGUUUUCUAUGAGCCCAAGGAGUACAGCCCAGGUCUGCAGCUCUACUGGGCCUCCUGCACCCGCAGCUUGCCAGACAUGGCAGAGGCACUAGCCCACGGAGCUGAGGUCAACUGGGUCAAUACAGAGGAGGAUAAGAGGACCCCGCUUAUCAUGGCAGUGCAGGGGGGUUCGCUGGUCACCUGUGAGUUUCUCCUCCAAAAUGCAGCAAAUGUGAACCAACAGGACGCUCAGGGUCGAGGACCCCUCCACCAUGCCACUAUGCUGGGACACACAGGGCAAGUGUGUUUAUUCUUGAAACGAGGAGCGAAUCAAAAUGCUACAGACAUUGACGAGAAAACACCCCUGUCCAUAGCGGUGGAGGCAGCCAAUGCAGAUAUCGUCACGCUGUUGCGACUAGCCAAGAUGAAUGAGGAGAUGCGGGAGGCGGAGGGACCCUACAGCCAGUCAGGAGAUGAAACCUACCAGGACAUUUUCCAGGAUUUCACCCACAUGGCCUCCAAUGACCCAGACAAGCUGAACCGUUACCAGCAGUACGACUCGCAGCGACCCUGACACUGCAGAACGCCUUCCACCUGCGGUCAGAGGGGCUGUUUACAAAACAUGACAGAAACAAAAAGAAAUCCAGAAUGGCGUCCACUUUCCUUCCAACAUCAUCGUCAUCAUUAUCAUCAUCAUCAAAGCCAGUGACCGUGUGUAAUGUAGCCAAAACUCCUUCUCAACAGUUCAUUUUCACCAAGGCGAGUGCUUCAUUCAAGUGAAGGUGAACUUCUGACAGUGGAUUUUUACUUUUUUUUUUUUUUUAAUGUGCAUGUUAGUAGGACGUCUAACAGUAAGUAAAUGGUACAGUGUUAAAACCUUUGGAAGGAUUUGCGUAGUCUUAAAUCAAAUGAUAAUUAAACUCAGACUGAAUGUAGAGCAUCAAGUCUGUCAGUUACUUUGACUGAGUUAAAUGUUUCCUGUCACGCUUCCUGACAGUGAAGGACAAUUAAAAAAAAAAAAUGGUUUUUUUUAAAGUAAAAGGUCUGCUGCAUCAGAACUGCAUGGAGAGGUAAGCCCACAGCAGACUUUUAAAGGCUCCAUUUCAUUUUUUAAAAAAGUGCUUCCUCCUUUCAAUGGGACUCUCUUAAUGAGCAUCAGCAUUUUUUUUAUGUAAGUUUUGCUUUAGAGAAUCAUCAACAAGUGUAUAAGUGUCAGUAUGCAUUAACUUUAUCUUAAAUCACCACUGAUGUUUACCAGUUUGCAUGGUAGCUUUGACGUGUACAGUGAUAAACCUUUAUGCAUUUGUAAGGUUAAAUAGUUGAUUUGACUUUAUUUUCUAAAUGCUUUUAAUUGUUAAAAAUUGUUUUUAAUUCCUCACAAGUACCUGCAGUGGUUUCAAAAAGCAUCUGUCAUUAUUGGGAUGAUUUAACUCUGUAGAUCUAUCCAAUAUACAUACGUGGCCUUUUUAUGAUCGCUGGUUUUAGAAGUACUGGUUAUGCUUUAUUUUAAUGGGUUGAUAAUUUUCCAGGCAUUUGUUGAUCUAACAGUGUAAUGCUUUCUUUUAUUAUAAAGGGAUGUUCCCAGAGUAGCUCCAUUUAAAGACAAAAAAAAGGUAAUUUUUUUGCUGGUAAGUCUUGCCAUGAUUGAGUGCUGACUCCUAUAUUUAGUUACCACUUUAACAGAAAGUACAGUUUAAUAUUUUAUAAAAUUCUGAACAUUUAUCAGAACAACUCAUCGGAAAAUUAACAAAACAAGCUCCUGCUGUUGUAAUACAGAUUUCAGUCAGUAUAAAUGAAGCCCUUUAAUAAGCAGUUUAUGUUCUAAAACAACAGUGUUUGGUAAAUUUUGUUUUAUAGCUUAGGAGCUGUUUGUAAUGCAUCUAAUGCUACAGUCACAGCAGGGAAAACAGUGGCUAAACCAAAAAUUACUCCAGUUGUGUGCAGUGAACUUGCACUCUCAUUGCGACUUGCAGCCAGUUGAAGGAGUCAGUCUGCUAUCAGUUUGUGAUUGAGUGGGGUUGAGCUGGCAUUUACAUGCAAUCUGUUUGUAAUAAUACGGCAAGUAACUGUGAUAAACUGGGGAUCUGUUGUCAUCUUUUAACUACUUUCAUUCAGUGUCCAACCAGAAAAAUCACAGAUUUGAAACAGAAAUUCAGAAGUCCUCCACAAAUAUUGAUGUAGAUGCUGCAGGAUAGCAUUUUAGCUGCUCAGCAGCCUUGCUUUAAUAUAGGAAUAUAAGCACAAUGCAACUACCUGAGUCAAGUUCCCUGUUCUGAAGAGAUGGAUUACAGAUGAGUUGCGAUCGAAGUGCAGAUUGACUCAGAUUUAUUGCAUCAUGUUGGCAAUCUGUUUGUGUUUAUAUAUUAGACGUCAGUUAUUUACAAACCUUUGCCAAUCUCUCUGUGAGUGAUUGCAGUCACUACGAGUCCAACCACGACUUGUUUGGAAAAAGGUUGCCUCUCACCAGGUGACCUGUGCAAUUACCUUGCAGUCAAAAGUGAAGUUCUUGCAGUUCUUUUAUUCCCCUUGUUGCAAGGAGGUUGCUGUUCAGUUGUUUUUUUUAACCCUAGCAUGGCUGAGCCACAAGGCCUAGAUACCAGUAGGCGACCACCUGGCAACCACUGAUCACUAGGGAAAAAAUUUGUAUUCUCCGACUGGUUGUCCAGUGGUUGCUGGCUGCUUCAAACAGGAUGCUGUACCACAUCUCUUUGUGAUUACGUUGGUUGCUAGCAGAUUGCUGUGAUCACCCAUAGUUUGCAUUGAAGAUGCCUAGUUGUCUGCAAACACUGCUAACUAAUAGCCGAGUUGUAGUAAAACUUGGAAAAAGUGCGACACAAACAGAGAUGGAGUGCAUUCAGCUUCAGAGUAAAAGCCUUUCCUCUGCAACUUUUACUUUAAAGGCGAAAAGUCUCUGUUCCUGCAUUGUGUUGCACUUUUUCAAGUUUUGCUACCAUUUGGAAAGUAGUUAGCAACUACUAUUGCAACUGUGGCAGUCUGCUAGCAGCCAAAGCAAUUGCAAGGAUGUGUUUAUUGCAGUACCAUGUAUGCCUUACCAACCAAUUUCACCUUGCAACUGCCAGCAACCAUUUGCCAACUGGUUGGGGAAUACACAUUUUUCCCUGACUCUGGUCCUUAUUGCACAGGUAGAGAUGGAGCAAUAAUUAUAAAGAAGCAGAUCACUAAAAAUUCUGAAAAUGAGCAUUUUCUUAUUUCAUAGAAAAAAUCAGUAAGAAUGGUUUGUUUCCAAUGAAUCCCUCGUGUAUGUGUAGACCAGCAGAAUUCAGCACUGGAGUUGUGGAUCCUCCCUCUAACAACAUACAGAUGAUUAUUAAAUAUAAAUCCUUUCAAUGGCUGUUGCGGAAACAGUGCUGAUCACAAAUGCUGCAUAUUGAGACCCGCAAAUGUCUCUGUUAACUAUAAUUGGUAGCAAAUUACACAGACCCUUUAAUGAAACUUAGUAGAAAGUUCUUGGGUAUUUAUUAUUACAAAAUAUCCAGAUAUGUUAGGAAAUAAUACACACACUGUGGGAAUUUUAUACUUUUUUGUAGCUUGAGUUGGGAAGUCACCGUCCUCUCAUGUGCUGGGUUGAAACAUUAGCGUGAUUGAUCCAGUUUAGACACCUCCGUGUGAGUUCAGUGACAUCUUCAAAAAUUCAAGUUCACUGAUAGAAAUUUUGUACUGUGAUUUUUCUACGUUCCUCCCACAAAACAAAGUCUUCGCUUCUCUUUGACAGUUACAGUAUAUAUAGUAAGAUGUUAAUCGCAGAGGAAAUUUGGGAUACAAUUCUUGUACAUUUUGUACAGAUGCUUCUGAAUUCUCCAGAGGACUGAAGUAUAAAGUAAAAGGUACUUGAAUCAUUAAAUAAGCUUUUGUAUAUGCUGUUCUUUGUAUCAUUCAAUAAUUUUAGCCUGUAUUUUUUAAUGCCUGUCUGUACACCAAUAUACAUGUACUGUAUGUUAUACCUGUAAUAUGGAAGGUCUU